CGGCCCCUCCACUUCCUGCAUUUGCGGCCAAAAUGGCUGACACCGUGGCUAUUCAUCUGGAGUUCGGGGGCGGAGCAGAGCUGCUUUUUAAUGGCAUUAAAGAACACCACAUCAACCUUCCCGCCCAAACAGAACCUUGGGACAUGAAGCAGCUGCUGGUGUGGAUCCAACACAACCUGCUGAAGGAGCGGCCCGAGCUCUUUGUCCAGGGACACUCCGUGAGACCCGGCAUUCUGGUUCUGAUCAACGACGCCGACUGGGAGCUCAUGGGGGAGUUGGACUACCGCCUCCAAGACCAGGACAACGUGGUGUUUAUCUCCACACUCCACGGGGGCUAGAGCACACGCCAGCAAGGCUCAACCCCGAUGGACGAGGCGUCGGGAGGAAAGAGGGUGACAUUUUGGAUCUUUUUGUGGUAUUGUGUUUUUCACAUGGCGGCCUGGCAAGAGGCAGGAAGUGGUCAGCUGACACAGGUGAUUGAAAUGAACAUUUUUAUUAUGGUUGCAAUAGAAGAAGCUGUAUAACACAAACCAAUACAAAUCCAAACGUUGGUGAAGAAAGUGAGUGUUUCUUCCAAGAGGUGGCUGAUGCCACACCCAUCAUGUUUUGGCAGCAUGACCCUCACCAUCACACGUCUAGUGGCAGACACAGCAAAGUUGUGUUUGGAGGCCCUCAUUGCUUUUCUUUACACUUUAAUUCUGGAAAACCAUUUUCGCUUCUUUUAAAAAAAAAAUCAAUAUAUUAUCGGCCGAUAUAUGCGUUAAAAUGUAAUAUCGGAAAUUAUCGGUAUCGGUUUUUUUAUUAUC